AGCCUCUUUCUCACCUGGAAGAAUACUCCUAGAAACCUGGCAAAAUGUGUGAUGCUUUUGUAGGUACCUGGAAACUUGUCUCCAGUGAAAACUUUGAUGAUUACAUGAAAGAAGUGGGAGUGGGCUUUGCCACCCGGAAAGUGGCUGGCAUGGCCAAACCCAACAUGAUCAUCAGUGUGAAUGGAGAUGUGAUCACCAUUAGAUCAGAAAGCACCUUUAAAAACACUGAGAUUUCCUUCAAACUGGGCCAGGAAUUUGAUGAAGUCACUGCAGAUGACAGGAAAGUCAAGAGCAUCAUAACCUUAGAUGGGGGUGUCCUGGUUCAGGUGCAGAAGUGGGAUGGCAAGUCGACCACCAUAAAGAGAAAAAGAGAGGAUGAUAAGCUGGUGGUGGAAUGUGUCAUGAAAGGCGUCACUUCCACCAGAGUUUAUGAGAGAGCAUAAGCCAAGAGACACGGCGACCUGGACUGAAGUUUGUAUCAAACUCCACGACAUUCUGUUGGAUGAAUUGUUCAAAAAGAUAUUAUUAUUUUCCCAUAAUUACCAAGCAACUAAUUUUCUCCCGAGCUGGAUUUUGCUAAAUAUGGUUGGUUUGGUUAAAUAAAACUUUUUAGAUUU